CGGAGAUCAGUCAGACACCCUUGAUCGAUAGAGUGUACCGAAUAACUUCAUACCAUGUAUCUUCGACACGAUUGGUUCAAAGUUUAGUUUCUGGUCACGUGGUCUAUAGCAGCAGACGAUCUUUAUCACUUCUUCAAAAUGGAUGGAAAGGAAACGAGCAGGACUUAUGUUCUUCACAUUAGAAUUCUUUAUGGUUGUAUAUUAACGUUAUCACUAUCGACAUUUUGUGCGUUGUGGAUAUGUUUUUCUGAAAUACAUAAUCUGAAACUUCGGUGCGAUUUUCUAAGACAGAAAAAUGACAAUUUCGCUGAAUUUAUCAAUGUUGACAGUACACAACCAACGUUUACACAGACUGCCACUCAUAAUGAAGAUGAAGGCAUGUUUGAUGUUAAUGAUCAGACUGUAAGACAGAGGAAUAAAAGGUCUAUACAACUAAAAGAUCUAAUGGAGGAAGGUUCCGGGGAUGACGACCAACAAUGGGUGUGGAUGUCAGCAUAUUCUAGAAUUCCGAUACAUGUGCUACAUGAUUUCUGCAAUGCUACAAAGACGUAUUGUGCAGCAGAGGGCCCAAUGGGACCACCUGGAUUACCUGGGAUAGAUGGGUCACCAGGGAUGCAUGGAUCACCAGGUGUGCCAGGGAAACAAGGGGAACCUGGUGCACAAGGUCCUCCUGGAUUGGAUGGUACCCUGGGAGAGAAGGGUGCAAAAGGAGAUAUGGGCGAGUUGGGGCUGCCAGGUUUGAAUGGUGUGGGUUUUCAGCGUCUAAAAAGGCACAUUGAAACCAGAUUUACGAGGGAAGAUCAACACUGUAAGCGAAGGAAAUGUCAAAAAGGUGAGAAAGGAGAUUCGGGUAUUCCAGGAAUACCAGGAGUCCAGGGUCCCAAAGGAGACAGGGGUGAUUGGGGACCACCAGGAAUACAAGGACAACAUGGGGAACCUGGACCUAAAGGUCACCGUGGCCCGAGAGGUGUAGAUGGAGUGAUGGGAACUAGAGGUUUUAAUGGAACAGAUGGCCUACCAGGUAAACCAGGCCCACAAGGCCCUCCAGGGCCACCGGGUGCACCAGGAGGAAUGCAAGGAGCCGAGGGUCUAAAAGGGAGACGUGGAAGACGUGGGCCUGAGAAACAAGGCACAAAGGGAGAGCUCGGGCCUAGGGGACCCCCGGGACCCCCUGGCUCUGUUAUCAACUGUUCAUGCAGGAAAGGAGAGAAAGGGGACAGGGGAGACAAGGGACAUAGAGGCAUGGUUGGAUUCCUUGGAUACAAGGGAGAGAGAGGUGAAGUGGGGCCACCAGGACCUCCUGGGAAACAAGCUAUCAGUUAUGUGACGAUAGAUGGUGAGACUAUACCAGGGCCUGUAGGAAUAGCAGGACCACCUGGGCCAGCUGGACCAAGAGGAUACAAGGGAGAAAAAGGCAAUAUAGGGGUACCUGGUGUAUGUGAGAGUACCACACUGACAACCAUACCUACUACUACUACCACAACAACAAGAAAAUUACGGCCUGUAGUUAAGCCAGGAGAAAUCAGACAACCGAGGCCGGGUCGUAAAAACACUGCUGAUUUAACCCAUGUAUCCUAUUUACUAACAACUUUAGCCCUAGCAUUGCAUCUAAUGUGGCAACAACUACUGUAGAACCAACCUUUGAGCCAAGAGAAAAUAAUUGUCAGCUAGCUGUGAUUGGAAAGCCGAUCUUCAUGAGGUCAACAAACACAUUCUGGGGAGCAUGGAUGCAAGACCCUGAUCCCCCAAGUUCCGCAUUUGAGAGAAAAUAUUGGUUCACACGACAUUUUGAUGGCAAACUUCUCUACGAAUAUAACUCCAAGGACUCAUUUGUUAAGGAUAAAUUGGAUAACACCCAUGAGUUGGAUGAUUUAUAUUUCGGAACCGGGAAUGUCGUUUAUCAGGGUGCUUUUUACUACCAUCAAUCAGGGUACAAUGUUAUUGCAAGAUAUGAUUUAACCCUGGAGAAAAAAACAGCAAAAGUGAAGCUACCACGGGCUGCUUACACUGGGAAAGACUUUGUCUACUCUACAGAAUAUAAUUAUUUUGAUAUGGCCGUUGAUCAAAAUGGACUCUGGGUUAUAUACGGAACCCAGGGUUCUAAAAACAAACUCAGAGUAAGCAGGCUGGAUCCCAAUACAUUAGAAAUUCAAAAAACAAUAAUUAUAAAGAUCCGUCACAGUGAAUAUGGCAAUGGGUUUAUCAUGUGUGGACUUCUAUAUCUUGUACGGGAUACCCAUGCUCAGGUGACGCAAAUUGAUUUUGUGUAUGACCUUUGGACCAAAGAGAAAUUAAACAUGUCACCGUUGAGGUUCACAAAUCCUUAUAAAAUGAACAAUAUGAUUUCUUAUAACUACAGAAAACAAGAAAUAUAUGGAUGGGACAAGGGAAAUCAAAUUAGAUACCCAAUUAGGUUAUAGGUAUAAAAAUACUCAGAUACAUGCGUAUCUCAGAGAGCACCUCAAUAAUAAUAUACUUUCUAAUAUUUU